CCCACCGCAAUCCACACAAGUCGAGCCCACCCGAGAUGAGAGCAACCCAAUCCACAUUUACAGAUUCACUGAUCCAACGGCAAAAGGCUUAUCUGGCACUCGAGUCAGCUCAGUGAGUUAACCAGGACACAUUGUUCUGUAAUUUGUAUCCAUAUUCGCGCCAAAACUACAAAAAUCUCCCGCCAUUUUUAUGGUGUCCAAACAGGCUCAAAACCUGGGAGAAAAAACGACAGAGAGACCGAGAUCCCGAGACUGAGAGAAAAAUGGCGGACGAUCAGCCCUCAGUAGCCAGCAGGAGGCGGAGCAGAGGGGCCGAGGCGACGGCACGUGCCGAAGCCCUGGAACGCCUCAAGGCUUUGCGCAGCGGUGGCCGGCGAUCCGAAGCCGGUGGGUUUAGCAUCAAGAUGGAAGACCCAAUUUACGAUACAGUCGCCGACGAUGAGUACGAGGCACUUGUUGCCAAGCGCCGUGAGGAAGUCCGAGGCUUCAUCGUCGAUGAUGAUGGUCUAGGAUACGGCGACAUAGGUGAGGAAGAGGACUGGUCUAGAGCUGGGCUUUCUCUGUCUUCGGAUGAAUCUGACGGUGAGACGGGAAGGCCCAAGAGGAAGAAGGUAGAGAAGAAAGAUCCUAAGCCCAAAAAGCCAUCCGCCACUUCCGCUUCCCUUUCCGCCGCCGCGGCGAUGAUGGGUAAGCAGAGGCUCUCAUCGAUGUUCACUUCGUCGAUUUUCAAGAAAACUAGGGAUGAGAAGGCUAAAGGGUUAUCUUGCGAUAGCAUCGUCGACGAUGUUAUUGCUGAGUUUGCUCCUAACGACGCAGAUAGAGAGAGGCGCAGAAGAGCCCAAACGGGUCAUUUGCCUGGUGCUAGGAGUUUGAUGCCCACUGUUAAGAGUGAGAAAGACUCUCACGGUGUUAUUAAUCUACAGGGUGGUUCUGAAUCUGUUUCAAUUCUUGGAAAAGAUGAUCCUGAAUUGACCACGAAUGUUGCAAAUGGUAAAUCUGAAUUGGGAUUUGAUCAAAAUCAGGAAGAAGUCGAUGAAAGAGGGUUGAUUGUGGGGUCAGAAAGUAGGAAGGACUUGUUUGAUGAAGUGGCUCAAGCCCCAUCGUCUGAAUCCACUGAUUCUUUAGACAAGGGAGGUGUCAUUGAGAAGAAAACUAAAAAUGUUGUUGAAAUGAAAGCAGAACCGGCAGUGAAGAAAGGGGAGGUAUUUACUUUGAAUGCGAAGAUCAAAGAGGAAAAGGAUCCUGCAUUGAGUGCUAUUGCAGGAUGGCAGGCGGUCCGGAGUGAAGGGACUGUGGAUGUUGGUGGUGGUGCUGCUGAGGUCAAUGCUGGUUCAAAUGGUGAAGAAAAUUCAGGUUUCGAUUUGGAUUCAGAUGGCUCGCUGCCUUUUUACAUUCUUGAUGCCUAUGAAGAGUUUUAUGGUGCUAAUAUGGGCACUGUCUAUCUAUUUGGGAAGGUCAAAGCAGGAACUGCAUAUCACAGUUGCUGUGUGGUGGUCAAGAACAUUCAAAGAUGUGUCUAUGCAGUUCCAAAUAGUUCUUCAUUUCACUCUGAUGAAAUGGUGGAGCUUGAAAAGGAUGCUGAAGAGUCUCGGAUAUCUCCCACAGAAUUUCGUAAAAAGCUGCAGGACAUGGCAUCAGGAUUAAAGAGCGACGUGGCAAAACAUUUGUUAGAUGUCAACGUAUCAACUUUUAGCAUGACCCCAGUCAAGAGGAAUUAUGCAUUUGAACGAUCAGACAUACCUGUAGGAGAGAAUUAUGUCCUCAAGAUCAACUAUCCUUUCAAGGACCCGCCGCUUCCAGCAAAUCUAAAGGGAGAAACUUUCUGUACCCUGCUAGGAACACAUAGCAGUGCUUUGGAGCUUUUUCUUGUUAAAAGGAAGAUAAAAGGACCGUCUUGGUUAUCAGUAUCAAAAUUUUCUAGCUGCCCAGCUCCACAACGGGUCAGCUGGUGCAAAUUUGAGGUGAUUGUUGAAUCUCCAAAAGACAUUGGUGUUUCAACUUCCUCAAAGAACACUAUAGAGAUUCCUCCAGUGGUUGUUACAGCCAUAAAUUUGAAAACUGUUAUCAAUGAGAAGCAGAAUGUUAAUGAAAUCGUCUCUGCAUCUGUUAUCUGCUGUCACAAGGCCAAGAUUGACACUCCGAUGUUGGCCUCAGAAUGGAAGAGGCCUGGUAUGCUAAGUCAUUUUACUGUUGUUCGCAAGCUUGACGGAGGCAUAUUUCCAAUGGGAUUUUCUAAAGAGGCUACAGAGAAGAACUCAAAGGCUGGAUCAACUGUAUUAAGCUUUGAAAGCAGUGAAAGGGCUUUGUUAAACCGUUUGAUGAUUGAGUUAUACAAGUUGGAUAGCGAUGUUCUUGUUGGGCAUAAUAUAUCUGGGUUUGACCUGGAUGUUCUCCUUCAUAGGGCACAGGUUUGUAAAAUGCCAAGUAGUAUGUGGUCAAAAAUAGGUCGCCUUAAGCGAUCUGUGAUGCCUAAGCUUUCGAAAGGAAGCACCAUUUUUGGGUCCGGAGCAAGUCCUGGGAUCUUGUCAUGCAUUGCUGGUAGGCUGUUGUGUGAUACAUACUUGUGUUCUCGUGACCUAUUAAAAGAGGUUAGCUAUUCCUUGACGCAACUUACAAAGACCCAGCUGAACAAAGACAGGAAGGAGAUCAGUCCACAAGAUAUUCCUAGAAUGUUCCAAACAUCGGAGUCCCUCAUGGAGCUCAUUGAAUAUGGUGAGACAGACGCAUGGUUGUCUAUGGAGCUCAUGUUUCAUCUGAGUGUUCUUCCCCUCACACGUCAACUGACUAAUAUAAGUGGUAAUCUUUGGGGAAAAACUCUCCAGGGUGCUAGGGCACAAAGAGUAGAGUAUCUUCUAUUGCAUGCAUUCCACGCAAAGAAGUACAUCAUCCCAGACAAAAUGACAUCUUAUACAAAGGAAACAAAGUUGAUCAAACGUAGAAUAAAUAGUGAUGUAGAGAACAAAAACGUUGAUGAGUUGGAUGAUGCAAAUUUUGAUAACGAUGCUUCAAAUGAUAAUCAUGGAAAAGGCAAGAAAGGUCCUGCCUAUGCAGGCGGAUUAGUCUUGGAGCCAAAAAGAGGUUUAUAUGACAAGUAUAUAUUACUUCUGGACUUCAAUAGCCUUUAUCCUUCUAUUAUCCAGGAAUACAAUAUAUGCUUCACAACAGUAGAAAGAUCCCCAGAAGGAUUAGUUCCCCGUUUACCAUCUAGUAAAACACCUGGAGUUCUACCUGAGUUACUAAAAAAUCUGGUUCAAAGGAGGAGAAUGGUCAAGUCAUGGAUGAAGAAUGCAUCUGGUAUCAAGGUCCAACAAUUUGACAUUCAACAGCAAGCACUGAAGCUGACAGCCAACAGUAUGUACGGAUGCUUGGGGUUUUCAAAUUCAAGAUUUUAUGCAAAGCCACUGGCAGAGCUUAUAACACUACAGGGAAGAGAGAUUUUACAGAGUACUGUUGACCUUGUCCAGAAUAGUUUGAACUUGGAGGUUAUCUAUGGUGAUACAGAUUCCAUUAUGAUUUAUAGUGGACUUGAUGACAUUGCAAAAGCAAAAUCCAUUGCAGGAAAAGUCAUCCAAGAGGUUAACAAGAAGUACAAGUGUUUAGAGAUUGACCUAGAUGGUGUGUAUAAGAGAAUGCUACUUCUCAAGAAGAAGAAGUAUGCAGCUGUGAAGGUGUUAUUCAAGGAUGGAAAACCAUAUGAGGUUAUUGAACGUAAGGGCCUUGAUAUGGUUCGUAGAGACUGGAGCUUACUUUCGAAGGAAUUAGGAGAUUUCUGCCUCAGUCAAAUUUUGUCAGGAGGCAGGUCCUGUGAGGAUGUUGUUGAAUCAAUUCAUAACUCUCUGAUGAAGGUACAAGAGGAUAUGAGGAAAGGACACGUAGAACUUGAAAAAUAUAUCAUCACAAAGACAUUAACUAAACCACCUGAAGCCUACCCAGACGCCAGAAACCAACCACAUGUUCUAGUGGCCCAGAGAUUAAAGCAAAGUGGUUAUGUUAGUGGUUGCUCCGUUGGUGAUACCAUUCCUUAUAUCAUUUGUUGUGAACCGGGGGCUAGUUCAGGUAGUUCAAGUGGAAUUGCUCAACGUGCUAGACAUCCAGAUGAACUAAAAAGAGAAGAUGGGAAGUGGAUUAUUGACAUUGAAUACUACUUGUCACAGCAGAUCCAUCCUGUGGUAUCACGCCUUUGUGCUUCAAUUCAAGGCACUAGCCCAGAACGCUUGGCUGAUUGUUUAGGGCUCGACUCUUCUAGGUUCAAAAGUAAUUCAAGUGAAGCUGCCAGCAAUGAUCCUUCCAGUUCACUCUUGUUUGCUGUUGACGAUGAGGAGAGGUAUAAUGGCUGUGAGCCUUUGGUCUUGUCAUGUCCGAGCUGCUCUAGUACUUUUGAUUGUCCUGUCAUAUUCAGUUCCAUUUGCAAGUCCAUCAAUGAAAAGCCAACAAGUUCACAAGCAGACGAAUCUAGUUGCAACUUUUGGCAUGGAUUGAGGUGUCCUAAAUGCCCAGAGGGCGGUGAUGUUGGCAAACUAUCUCCAGCAAUGAUAGCCAACCAGGUGAAAAGACAAGCUGAUGGGUUUGUUUCAAUGUACUACAGGGGCUUAAUGAUGUGUGACGAUGAAACUUGCAAAUAUGCCACGCGUAGUAUCAACCUCCGGCUUGUUGGUGAUUCUGAGAGGGGAGCAGUUUGUCCUAAUUAUCCUCGCUGUAAUGGGCGUCUCAUAAGAAAGUACACGGAGGCAGAACUAUACAAGCAGCUCACAUAUUUCUGCCAUGUGUUGGAUACAGUGCGCUGCAUAGAAAAGAUGGAGCCUAACACUAGAUUGCCAGUAGAGAAAGAGAUGGCCAAAAUCCGGCCAAUUGUUAAUUUGGCGGCAUCAACAAUUCAAAGGAUUCGAGACCGAUGUGCCUUUGGAUGGAUAAAGCUGCAGGAUCUUAUUGUUGCAGUUUGAAUCGCUAAAUGUUGCCAAUGUCACCACCUUAAAUUCUACUCAUAAUUUUUUUUUUUUUUUUUUUUUUUUUUUGUUUUUUCAAACUUCUGUCUCAUAGCGUAUGUUUAUAUCAUGUAUAUCCAGAAAUAAUAUUUUAAGAAAUGUGGGGUAUUAUUACCCAAAAACAGAAAACGAAAAAGGAUAUUUAUUAAUCUUUA